ACAUGUUACAAUGCACCAAGGACUGGUUCAAGCCCCUAGGUCCCCACCUGCAGGGGACCCGAGUGGUGAAGCAGCACUGUAAGCCUCUCUCCCACCCUCUAUCUUCCGCUUCCUCUCAAUUCAUCUGCCUCCAAAAAAAAAAAAAAGUAUUCACGCCGGCCCUUUGAUGUGUUCCCCAGUUCCCCCUUUCCCCCCGCCCCAGCAACACCUUGGAGCUGGGUCAAGUUCAGUAGGACCUUGGGAGGUGCAGGGCCAGGCUCUCAAAUGGGAGCCAUUGGCGCCCUGAGUAGUCACUGAACCUUCCCAGGCAACCCUAAGCUCCAGUCUCCUGGCGCGCUGUUUACUACGGAACCAGCCAGGCCGGGGCACCCCCUCCCCUUCCCGCUCGGGGCGCGCACUCCUCGGCUCCCCCGCCCGCUCCCCGCGCGCCCGCGUGGCUGCCCGCAGCCUGGACAGCGCUCCUGCUCCUUCGGCUGCGCUCUGGCUCCCUCUCCAAGGGCUCCGCUGCUAGCCUGAUCUUCUGAUCCCUCUGGGAGCCUGUGUGCGAGUUCUCUUUCAGAUCGUCAGAAAUCUCUUUUCCACUGUGUGGGCAGGAGACAGAUUUUUUUUUUUUUUUAAAUAAACUGUCUCCCUUCUCUUCUAUUUAUUUCAUUUUCUGUUUCUCUCCCGUCCCUCCUCCCCCUUCUCCUUAUUUCUUUACUCCUUCCCAUUUGAAUUUCACCUUCUCUCCGACCGACCCCUCCUCUCUAGGGGCCUCCCUCCUCCCCACUGCCCCCCCCCCCCCCCCCUUUAAACAAUUCAAGGAUGUCUCCGCAACACUAGCACCCUGUCCAUUCACGGAGCGCAGCACUCUGCAUGAAUUCAAGAGCAAUGUUCUGCGAUGGUGCCAGAGAUGCGUGGACCGAGCCCUGGCCGCAGGCUGCCCGAGCCCGCCCCCUGCCCGGCAGCGGGGAGCCCUGAGGCGGGGCCCGCGGGCCGCCACGUGCUGGCGCUGCCCGGGGAGGAGGCAUGGAGGCUGGAGGCCGACGCCUCCGACCAGGCGGGGAUGCUGCCGGCCUCGCCCCGCGCCGCGCCCACCGGCUUCGACAACUUCUUCUUCCCGGUGCAGGAGGGCGAGGGCGCGGGCUGGGAGGGCGCGGAGCCCGGCUGCGGCCCCUUCCUGCCGGUGAGCCCCGACGUGAUGAAGCGGCGGCGCGGGGGCCUCAUCGAGCAGAGAGACAUCAUCAAGGCCCACGAGGCGCACAAGAUGCAGAGCACUCCGCAGGCGCGGCGCAAGGAGUGGGAGAUGGCUCGCUUCGGGGAGGCGGUGGUUGGCAGGCCAGGCUCAGGCGAUGGAGACUCAGACCAGAGCAGGAACCGGCAGGGCACCCCGGUGCCGGCCUCGGGGCCAGCAGCUGCCUACAAGCAAUCAAAAGCGCAGCGGGCGCGGACUAUGGCUUUGUACAACCCCAUCCCAGUCCGCCAGAACUGUUUCACCGUCAACAGAUCCCUGUUCAUCUUCGGAGAAGAUAACAUUGUCAGGAAAUAUGCCAAGAAGCUCAUCGACUGGCCGCCCUUCGAGUACAUGAUCUUGGCCACCAUCAUCGCCAACUGCAUCGUCCUGGCUCUAGAGCAACACCUUCCCGAGGAUGAUAAGACCCCGAUGUCCCGCAGACUGGAGAAGACUGAGCCGUAUUUCAUUGGAAUCUUUUGCUUUGAGGCUGGGAUUAAAAUCGUGGCCCUGGGGUUCAUCUUCCACAAGGGCUCCUACCUGCGCAAUGGCUGGAAUGUCAUGGACUUCAUUGUGGUCCUCAGUGGCAUCCUGGCCACUGCAGGAACUCACUUCAACACGCACGUCGACCUGAGGACCCUGCGGGCCGUGCGCGUCCUGAGGCCCCUGAAGCUGGUGUCAGGGAUACCUAGCCUGCAGAUCGUGCUGAAGUCCAUCAUGAAGGCCAUGGUGCCUCUUCUGCAGAUUGGCCUUCUGCUCUUCUUUGCCAUCUUGAUGUUCGCCAUCAUUGGCUUGGAGUUCUACAGCGGGAAGUUGCACCGAGCCUGCUUCAUGAACAAUUCAGGUGUUCUAGAAGGAUUUGAUCCUCCUCACCCAUGUGGUGUGCAGGGCUGCCCAGCUCCUUACGAGUGCAAAGACUGGAUCGGCCCCAAUGAUGGGAUCACCCAGUUUGACAACAUCCUCUUUGCUGUGCUGACCGUCUUCCAGUGUAUCACCAUGGAAGGGUGGACCACCGUGCUGUACAACACCAAUGAUGCCUUAGGAGCCACGUGGAACUGGCUGUACUUCAUCCCUCUCAUCAUCAUUGGGUCCUUCUUCGUCCUCAACCUCGUCCUGGGAGUGCUCUCUGGGGAGUUUGCCAAAGAGCGAGAGCGAGUGGAGAACCGGAGGGCCUUCAUGAAGCUGAGGCGGCAGCAGCAGAUCGAGCGCGAGCUGAAUGGGUACCGCGCCUGGAUCGACAAAGCAGAGGAAGUCAUGCUCGCUGAAGAGAAUAAAAACGCAGGGACAUCAGCUUUAGAAGUGCUUCGCAGGGCCACCAUCAAGAGGAGCCGCACGGAGGCCAUGACCCGAGACUCCAGUGACGAGCACUGUGUGGACAUCUCCUCCGUGGGCACCCCUCUUGCCCGCGCCAGCAUCAAGAGUACCAAGGUGGACGGGGCCUCUUACUUUCGGCAUAAGGAGCGGCUGCUUCGCAUCUCCAUCCGCCACAUGGUCAAGUCGCAGGUGUUCUACUGGAUUGUGCUCAGCCUCGUGGCCCUCAACACCGCCUGUGUGGCCAUAGUCCACCACAACCAACCCCAGUGGCUCACACACCUCCUCUACUAUGCAGAGUUUUUGUUUCUGGGCCUCUUCCUCCUGGAGAUGUCUCUGAAGAUGUACGGCAUGGGGCCUCGCCUCUAUUUCCACUCGUCAUUCAACUGCUUUGAUUUUGGGGUCACAGUGGGCAGUAUCUUUGAAGUGGUCUGGGCAAUCUUCAGACCUGGAACCUCGUUUGGAAUCAGUGUCUUGAGAGCUCUCCGGCUUUUAAGAAUAUUUAAAAUAACCAAGUACUGGGCGUCCCUGCGGAAUCUGGUGGUCUCCUUGAUGAGUUCCAUGAAGUCCAUCAUCAGUUUGCUCUUCCUCCUCUUCCUCUUCAUCGUUGUUUUUGCUCUCCUUGGAAUGCAGCUGUUUGGAGGCAGGUUUAACUUCAAUGAUGGGACUCCUUCAGCCAACUUUGACACCUUUCCUGCAGCCAUCAUGACUGUGUUCCAGAUCCUGACAGGAGAGGACUGGAACGAGGUGAUGUAUAAUGGCAUCCGCUCCCAGGGCGGGGUCAGCUCAGGCAUGUGGUCUGCAAUCUACUUCAUUGUGCUCACCUUGUUUGGGAACUACACACUACUGAACGUGUUCUUGGCCAUCGCUGUGGACAACCUGGCCAAUGCCCAGGAGCUGACCAAGGAUGAGCAGGAGGAGGAAGAGGCCUUCAACCAGAAGCAUGCGCUACAGAAGGCCAAGGAGGUCAGCCCGAUGUCCGCACCCAACAUGCCUUCUAUCGAAAGAGACAGAAGGAGAAGACACCACAUGUCGAUGUGGGAGCCGCGCAGCAGCCACCUGCGGGAGCGUCGGCGCCGACACCACAUGUCGGUGUGGGAACAGCGCACCAGCCAGCUGCGCAGGCACAUGCAGAUGUCCAGCCAGGAGGCCCUCAACAAGGAGGAGGCCCCACCCAUGAACCCCCUAAACCCCCUCAAUCCUCUGAGCCCCCUCAACCCACUCAACGCCCACCCCAGCCUCUACCGGAGACCCCCUCGGCCUCUGGAGGGUCUGACGCUAGGGCUGGGCCUGGAGAAGUGUGAGGAGGAACGCAUCAGCCGUGGGGGCUCCCUCAAAGGGCCUGGGAGUGACCUGGCCAGUACCCUGGACAGCCAGCGCAGCCCCUUGGCCCUGGGCAAGUGCGAGCUGCCGUGGCUGGCCAGGCCCUGUCACGGGAACUGUGACCCAGCCCAGCAAGAGGCUGGUGGUGUUGGCAGUGGCAGUGGUGGUGGGGAGUCCGUGGUGACCUUUGAGGAGCGCUCCCGGCACCGCCAGAGCCAACGGCGCAGCCGACACCGCCGUGUCCGAAUGGAGGGCAAGGAAUGCUCCUCGGUGUCCCGGAGCCGCUCAGCCAGCCAGGAGCGCAGCCUGGAUGAGGGGGCACCCCCCGAGGGGGAGAAGGAGCUGGAGUCCAGGGGCAGCCAUGGAGGCAAGGAGCCCCCCAUCCAAGAGGAGGAGAGAACUCUGGAUCUGAGGAGGACCAACAGUCUGAUGGUGCCCAGAGGUUCCGGGCUGGCCGGAGCCCUCGAUGACACUGAGACGCCCCUGGUGCAGCCCCCAGCUGAGCUGGAGGUGGGGAAGGAGGUGGCACUGCCAGAGCCAGAAGGGAGCAGUGAGCAGGCCCUGCUGGGGGAUGUGCAGCUGGACAUGGGCCGGGCCAUCAGCCAGAGCGAGCCCGACCUGUCCUGUGUGACGACCGGCACAGACAAGGCCACCACAGAGAGCACCAGUGUCACCGUGGCCAUCCCUGAAGUGGGCCCCCUGGUGGAUUCAACCGUGGUGCACAUUAGCAACAAGACUGAUGGGGAGGCCAGUCCCCUGAAGGAGGCUGAGAUCAAAGAGGAGGAGGAGGAAGAAGAGGAGGUAGAGAAGAAGAAAAAGAAGGAGAAGCGGGAAACAGGCAAAGCCAUGGUGCCACACAGCUCCAUGUUCAUCUUCAGCACAACCAACCCCAUCCGCAGGGCCUGCCACUACAUCGUCAACCUGCGCUACUUCGAGAUGUGCAUCCUCCUGGUGAUCGCCGCUAGCAGCAUCGCCCUGGCCGCUGAGGACCCCGUCCUCACCAACUCAGAGCGCAACAGAGUCCUGCGCUACUUUGACUAUGUCUUCACUGGCGUCUUCACCUUUGAGAUGGUGAUAAAGAUGAUCGACCAGGGCUUGAUCCUACAGGAUGGCUCCUACUUCCGGGACCUGUGGAACAUCCUGGACUUUGUGGUGGUGGUGGGUGCCCUGGUGGCCUUUGCUUUAGCGACCAACAAGGGCCGGGACAUCAAGACCAUCAAGUCACUGCGGGUGCUGCGGGUGCUGCGGCCACUGAAGACCAUCAAGCGCCUGCCCAAACUCAAGGCCGUCUUUGACUGUGUGGUCACCUCCUUGAAGAAUGUCUUCAACAUUCUCAUCGUCUACAAGCUGUUCAUGUUCAUCUUCGCCGUCAUUGCAGUUCAGCUCUUCAAGGGAAAGUUCUUCUACUGUACCGACAGCUCCAAGGACACGGAGAAAGAGUGCAUAGGCAACUAUGUAGAUCAUGAGAAAAAUAAGAUGGAGGUGAAAGGCCGAGAAUGGAAGCGCCAUGAAUUCCACUAUGACAACAUUAUCUGGGCCCUGCUGACCCUCUUCACUGUGUCCACAGGAGAAGGGUGGCCUCAAGUCCUGCAGCACUCUGUCGACGUGACUGAGGAAGACCGAGGCCCAAGCCGCAGCAACCGAAUGGAGAUGUCCAUCUUCUACGUGGUCUACUUUGUAGUCUUCCCCUUUUUCUUUGUCAACAUCUUCGUGGCUCUUAUCAUCAUCACUUUCCAGGAGCAAGGAGACAAGAUGAUGGAGGAGUGCAGCCUGGAAAAGAACGAGAGAGCUUGCAUUGACUUCGCCAUCAGCGCCAAGCCACUCACCCGCUACAUGCCGCAGAACAGACACACCUUCCAGUACCGCGUCUGGCACUUCGUGGUGUCCCCGUCCUUCGAGUACACCAUCAUGGCCAUGAUCGCCUUGAACACCGUGGUGCUUAUGAUGAAGUACUACUCUGCCCCCUGCACUUACGAGCUGGCCCUCAAGUACCUGAACAUCGCCUUCACCAUGGUGUUCUCCCUGGAGUGUGUGCUGAAGGUCAUUGCCUUUGGCUUCUUGAACUAUUUUCGAGACACCUGGAAUAUCUUUGACUUCAUCACGGUGAUUGGCAGCAUCACAGAGAUCAUCCUGACAGACAGUAAGCUGGUGAACACCAGCGGCUUCAACAUGAGCUUCCUGAAGCUCUUCCGAGCCGCGCGCCUCAUCAAGCUGCUGCGGCAGGGCUACACCAUCCGCAUCUUACUGUGGACCUUCGUGCAGUCCUUCAAGGCCCUCCCCUAUGUCUGCCUAUUGAUUGCCAUGCUGUUCUUUAUCUAUGCCAUCAUCGGGAUGCAGGUGUUUGGAAACAUAAAGCUGGAUGAAGAGAGCCACAUCAACCGGCACAACAACUUCAGGAGCUUCUUUGGGUCCCUUAUGCUUCUCUUCAGGAGUGCCACGGGUGAGGCCUGGCAGGAGAUCAUGCUGUCGUGCCUCGGGGAGAAAGGCUGUGAGCCCGACACCACGGCGCCCUCACAGAACGAGAACGAGCGUUGUGGCACCGACCUGGCCUACGUCUACUUUGUCUCCUUCAUCUUCUUCUGCUCCUUCCUGAUGCUCAAUCUCUUUGUGGCAGUCAUCAUGGACAACUUUGAGUAUCUGACCCGGGACUCCUCCAUCCUGGGGCCUCACCACCUGGAUGAGUUUGUUCGAGUCUGGGCUGAAUAUGACAGAGCUGCAUGUGGCCGCAUCCAUUACACUGAGAUGUAUGAAAUGCUGACUCUCAUGUCACCACCGCUAGGCCUCGGCAAGAGAUGUCCCUCCAAGGUGGCGUAUAAGAGGUUGGUCCUGAUGAAUAUGCCGGUGGCUGAGGACAUGACCGUCCACUUCACGUCCACGCUCAUGGCCCUGAUCCGAACCGCCCUGGACAUAAAGAUUGCCAAAGGUGGUGCAGACAGGCAGCAGCUUGACUCAGAGCUACAGAAGGAGACCCUAGCCAUCUGGCCUCACUUGUCCCAGAAGAUGCUAGACCUGCUUGUACCCAUGCCCAAAGCCUCAGACCUGACUGUGGGCAAGAUCUAUGCAGCGAUGAUGAUCAUGGACUACUACAAGCAGAGCAAGGUGAAGAAGCAAAGGCAGCAGCUGGAGGAGCAGAAAAAUGCACCCAUGUUCCAGCGCAUGGAGCCCUCAUCCCUGCCUCAGGAGAUAAUUGCCAAUGCCAAAGCCCUGCCCUACCUCCAGCAGGACCCCACCUCAGGCCUGAGCGGCCGUAGCGGGUAUCCUUCCAUGAGUCCACUCUCCCCCCAGGAAAUAUUCCAGCUGGCAUGUAUGGACUCUGCUGAGGACGGACAGUUCCAGGAACAGCAGUCUCUGGAGCCAGAGGUUAGUGAAUUAAAAAGUGCGCAGCCCUCUAACCAUGACAUCUACCUUCCUCCGGACACCAAGGAGCAUGCGGGAUCUGGGAGGGCAUCCUCUAUGCCACGCCUGACUGUGGAUCCCCAGGUGGUGACAGAUCCCAGUUCCAUGAGACGCUCCUUUUCCACCAUCCGGGACAAGCGCUCCAAUUCCUCAUGGCUGGAGGAGUUCUCUAUGGAGCGCAGCAGUGAAAACACCUACAAGUCUCGGCGCCGCAGCUACCACUCUUCCCUGCGGCUAUCGGCCCACCGCCUGGACUCGGACUCAGGCCACAAGUCGGACACCCACCGCUCCGGGGGCAGAGAGCGGGGACGGUCAAAAGAGCGAAAGCACCUCCUCUCCCCUGACGUCUCACGCUGCAACUCAGAAGAGCGCGGCACCCAGGCUGACUGGGAGUCCCCUGAGCGGCACCAGUCCCGGUCUCCCAGUGAGGGCAGGUCACAGACCCCCAACAGACAGGGCACUGGCUCUCUGAGCGAGAGCUCCAUCCCCUCCAUCUCGGACACCAGCACCCCCAGACACAGCCGGCGGCAGCUCCCACCCGUGCCACCCAAGCCUCGGCCCCUCCUUUCCUAUGGCUCCCUGAUGAGACACCCCGGGAGUAUGUCUCCUCCUGCAGAUGAGAGUGAGGGGGGCUCCCCGCUGGCCUCCCAGACCCUGGAGAGCAGCGAGGCGGGCCUUCCCAUGUCCUCGAGCUCCCGGCCAGGCCAGCAGGCCUCCCCGCAGAGAUACAUCUCUGAGCCCUACCUUGCCCUGCACGAGGACUCCCACACCUCAGACUGUGGCGAGGAGGAGACGCUCACCUUUGAGGCGGCUGUGGCCACCAGUCUGGGCCGCUCCAACACCAUCGGCUCUGCCCCGCCCCUGCGGCACAGCUGGCAGCUGCCCAACGGGCACUACCGGCGGCGGCGGCGUGGGGGAGCUGGGCUGAGCAUGAUGCGUGGGGCUGUCAGCGACCUCCUGAGUGACACGGAAGAAGAUGACAAGUGCUAGAGGCUGAUCCCCCUCCGAUGCAUGCUCUCCUCUCGCUCAGAGAAACCAAGACAGGUUGGGAAGCCGGUGCGGCCCGGGGGGAGGAGGGGGGAGGAGGACACCAGGCUCUGGCAUGGGCAGCAGUGACGCAGAAAGGAAGGACACCAGGAUACCCCACCACACCCACCACAUUGCUCGGUUCCCCUUUGCAAGGCGGGCACUGCCAUAGUCAAGCUUCCUUGCAGGGAAAGGAAAUCCAGGAACGUGGAGGAUGCGUCCGUCCCAGGAAGUAGGGACACAAGGAUGGCUGGGCUGCCCUGGCCCCAGACAUACUUUUCUACAAACCUCCCAGGGCCUGAGCCAGCCCGGCUCCAAACUGAGGAGUCGUGAGGAACUGUGGGAGAGGAACCCCUCCCUGCACGACUCCAGCACCCCUGCCGCAUCUCACUCCCUCCUGUGGUUUGCCUCCCCCCAAAGGAGCAUGGGUGAAGUUGGGGUGCCAGAGCGGCAGAAGCAGCAAGGGCUGGUCUGGACUAGCAAAGCCAUAGCCCAGCAGCCACAGCAAAGAGGAGGCCACAGACAGGUGAAACAGGCCUGUCCCCACACUGGAGGUACUGAGCAUGUUGGGACUGGCUCAGCAGCCCACUGGGGUCCACAGAGGUGCCAGAGACUUUGAGGAGGAUGGGUGGAGCCAGAGCUCUGCCAGAGAGACCUGCUAGGGAGGAGCCCCAGGGGUGGGCAAAGGGCUUGGUCUGUUUUCCAGCCAGCAGGGAUGUUCUGUGUGUGUGCGCAGGACAGCAGCCCCCCUCAAGCCACCUCCCCUGCUGCUUCCCUUCAAGGCAGCACCCAGGUCCGAGCAGGGACUAGUAUGGAGGUGGGCAGAGCUGGCAGAGAGACACUGUUUGUCAGGAUGCUUUCACAGUAAAUAUACCUCAGCUCACAGAACUGCGCCUCCCAGCUCAGCGGGCGCCGGGGGCCUGAACCCCUGGACUGACCAGACCUUUCCUGCCCCAGAAAAGGCUGGGCAGGAGACAGCCUCUGGCCAUGGUGGCACUCCUUGUCACACCCCAGUCCCCAAAUUCAGCCAGUGCUCCUGUGGGUAGAAGUGCCCCAGAACAGUAGUGAAAAACUCCCCAGGAGAGGUGGCCCAGGCAAGAGCCCCUUUCACAGCCAAGACUUGGCACCUUCCGGGCCCUUCCUUGGGAAGACACCCCUUUUGAUGGCUAUUAUCUCUCUCAGAAGGCAUCUCUCUCUCUCUUUUCCUUUGCUCUUUUGGGUUGAAAUAUACUUUAUUCCGAUUUCAUCAGCUCUAAAAGCCAAAUCCAACCAUGGAGCUACAGCUCAUUUGUCAAGGCACCACUCCCUCCAACCCCCACUUACCCCUCAGUCUGCAGAGAGCCUCACAGACCCCUGGGUGGAUGAAGCAGAGACAUGGUCCCCCACCAGGGGAUCCUUUGGCCAUUUACACCUCCCACCCUGUACCCAUGUGUUAACAGGUAGCCUGGGUGUGACAGGAGUGACAGUGGCUUAAGAUGCUGGGCCUUGUGGCAUGUGAAUGCUUGUCCCUGCUCGCACACCACAGCGCUGCUCGAUAUGCACAUGACAGCUAACCCCUGGUGACCACUGACUGGACUUGAGGAAGGGACCUACAUAAGUCAGCAGCUCCUGAAACUCCAGCCUAUGAGCGUGACACUGGUGGGUCCUGUGCCCCACCCCAACCCACCCACAGGGCUUUCUAACCUCAGUGAGCUCAUUUCUCUCAAUUUCCCCUAAUCGAGACAUCAGGUUUCUUGCCCCUUAGCUUGCAUUUACUUACCCUUCUAACCAGACAAUAAAGGAAUUUUCUGUUCAACAUGAAGCUCCUAAUUCCUUCUGCCUCUAAUUAGAGUAAUAAGUAUCCAGCCAGGACAGCCUCUUUUCUUGAAGGAAAAAGAAAAAAAAAAAAAAAAGAGGCUCCAUUUGGCCUCAAAAAACCCUCUUUUCUUGAAAUGAGCAGUAUGGCAGUGAAUAGAGAAUUCUAAGCAGAAGAGGAUGACUUACCAGCACUUGAGGUUCACAGUACGGCACCUGUGGCUUCCCUGAGAAGCUGCCCGACUUCCUUGCCAAUGCCGACCUUCAGUGUCUCCUCUCGACAAGAAAGAUGAUCAGGAGGAAUCAGGGUAUACCUUGGCUUGUGUUUAGCUUCUCCUUUCUCAGAUGAAGAUUCCAGCCUCCCUCUUCCUGAGAGAAUUUGUGUUUAUCCCUCUUUUAGUUACUGAAGAGAUGGUAGGGCAGCCGUGCUGUAGGCCAAGGGGAGCCAGCUUCACAACAGACUCACCUGUACUGUGAAGGGUUCAAGGCACCCUGAAUGUCCCCAGGUGUAACAUGGUUGACUGAUGGUGAUGCCACAGGCCCUGGCCAACUCCCAGGAGUUUUCUAGCAUCGAGUAACUUGUUUAUUUCCAUUUCCCUUGAUCAAGGCAGCAGGUUUCUCACUGGCCAUUCUUUGAGGAGCUGAAGACUGUCAUUCUGGGAUCUCUUCUGCUCUGCCCUCAGUGACCUCCUGAGGUACCAGAAUUAUCUAGAACCUUCUUAAGGAUGAUCUCCAGUUGUUCUAGAUUUUGCCCUUGAGUAUCUGCCCUGUCCCAGCCUUUAUUCUGCUGUCUAUAGCAUAGAUCUGACUCCAAGAUAGGUAGGUACACCUCUAACAGCCUCCUAUUCUCUUCACUCUUGGCAGUGCUUCCUAUCUCCAGAAAUACACUGGGAAACAGCAAAUGAAGAUGAUCUGAAACGGAAGCCAAAUCUAGAGCUGUGGUAGGGAGGGCAUCUAUGAAGAGUCCACAUAGGCCAGGAAAACUCAGUCUCCUUCAGGCAUAACAACUAUUUUUUAAAAUUUUUAUUUAUUUAUUUAUUUAAUAUUGGGUAGAGACCGAGAGAAACUGGGGGGAGGGGAGAUAAAGAAGGAGAGAUACAGAGAGACACCUGCAACCUUGCUUCACCACUUGUGAAGCUUUCCCCCUGCAGGUGGGGACCAGGGGCUUGAACCUGGGUCCUUGCGCACUGUAAUGUGUAUGCUUAACCAGGUGCACCACCGCCUGGCCCCAUCAACUAUAUUUUAAAAAAGAUUUUGUUUUCCCCCACCCAGAGGAGAGAAGCUUCACAAGCCAUGGAGCAGUGCUAUAGGUGUCUGUCUGUCCAUCUCUACCAGAAAAAAAUGAAAGGAGAAAAAAGAAAAAAAAAGUGCUCACUUUCUCAUUCUGUCUUAUUGCUAAAGCCUGAUCUAGGUAUUUCAUGUUUGGCCAGAAUAUGGACUCAGUUAAGGCUGGGACAAAGGUAGAGUUUCUGUCAUCUCAGCUCCAUUGUAGUGUACAGAUGCCGCUACUAGGCAGACAGUCACCUACAUUGCAGGGUGUGUGUAACUUGGCCGCUACCGUUUCAGUUAGUUUCUUGUCUGUAGGAGUCUGAGACCCUCAAAGGUCUGGUGCAGGCACCUGCGCAGAGACUCAGGCUACAGGCUGGCCCUGCCUCACUUCUGUUUCACCCAGUUUGUUUGUGCUUCCUGCAUGGGUCUCCAGGCAUUGAACACUGACAGGAGGCUCAGGAGAGGACUUUCUGAUGCGGAAAGGUGGCAGGAUGGGUGCUGGGGGUGAGGGGAGGUGUGAUGCUUCCAUGCACACAGGUUCACCACGGGAGUCAAGCCCAGGCCUGGAUGCUCACCACCCAAAUAUUUCCUCACUGUAACUCUGAACAACAACCAGACAAAGGCACACAGUGAUAUGGCCUGUCCUGUCCAUGGGACAGUCAGAGGGGACCCCACCAACACAAGCGCUAUCUCCUUCAGCAGCUGUGUCUCUCUGACUGUGUUUUCUUCUCUGAGUCUCCCAGUGUGAUGUCCCCGAGCUGUCCCAGCAGUCACCAGUGGCUUCCCUGCUGGUGGGUGUCAGCUGUCACGCGCUACAACUUACGUGCCUUGGCUUUCUGACGGGCAUCUUUUCUUCCCUUGAGUCCUUUCUGCUUUGACCACCAGAGGCUUCUGCCUAGCAGAGUGAUCAAGCCAAAGAUGUCAGAUUCAUUCCAACCCAGACCAUCCAAAAUGUUGGGAAGCUUCUCUUAAGAAGUCAAGUAAGGUGAUUAACAAUGGAGGUAGGGUUGACAAUAGAGAAUAAUGGGUGGUGGGGGAAGCUGGGGGUCCCCUAGCUGCCUUCUCCUUACCCCCCAAAUACUGUAUCUAUGAGGUUAGGAUCUGGCUUGAUCUUCUAGUUGAAAAAAAAAAAGUUUUAGUUUUCUUGUUUUGUUUUACCAGAGCAAUAAUCAGCUCUGGCUUACGGUGGUGCUGGAGAUUGAACCUAGAGCCUUUGGUACCUCAGGCAUGAAAGUCUUUACAUAAUCAUUAUUCUAGCUCCUCAGCCCACAAAAGGUUUUAAUAAUAAGCCAUGCUACUAUGUAAAUCCAUUAUGGAGGUCUGAAUUCUUAUUCCUGAAAGACUUGAGUUUAUCAGGGAAAAAAAGAAGUAAAGGUGUUUCUGAUUACUUUAGUUUGGGAUCUUUUGGUUGGUUGUUUUAUAACAGGCCUGUUCUGUGACAGGUGUGCUCUGCAAUGCUUCUGAAUUACCUUCCCUUCAGGAAUCUCCACCAAAUUUAAUUGUAGGCAGUUUGCGUUAAAACAUCAGAGGUUACACUUACCGGUUGUCUUCUCUUUGGUUUCCUUUAUAUCUGCUUUCUCCUUCUGCCCAAGUUUGCCUCUGUCUCUCAUUUCUCUGUCCAUAGCUCAGUCUCUUCCCCUAUGAACAUAAGAUAUAAUCUAGAUUAAUGGAAAGCUGCCUGGAAAUGUCAGCAAAAGCCAAGGAAAUAAACAAUAUAGACUCAGGAAGUAAUAACAUGGAUAUAAAAACUUUCAGGACAUCUCUGACCAAUAAAUAUAAAUUUUAUGACAUGAUGAGAGACAAAAAAUUAAGGAGUGUAAUCAUCUGGUCGAUGAAAAUUAUUGUAAGUAAAAAAUAUAUAUAUAUCCCAGCCUUCUGUAUAAACUUGUGCCUUGGGUAAGAAUACUGCACCACUCAACUGUCUUUUUCUCUGUUUUGGAAAAUGCAGUGUGAAUGCUUGGUCAGUCCCUGGGCGUGUCAGGUGUUCACUGAUCCCCAUCACAAAGCACUCAGUCUCCACAGAUCAGUAAAGAAAGGCAUUCGCUUCAUGCAUCCCAUUUAGAACGUAAGAAAUUCUGAGCAGAUUUAGUUACAUCUGAUUUUUUUUUCCCUAGAAAAUUUAUGUCUGAUGGAGCCUGGGCCCAGAAUUUGUUUCCACACUUAAUUCUACCUUCCUCCUUCUUCUUCUUAGCUCUCUAUAAUCUUUUAAAACUCAACUAUUUUUUUUUAAUUCAGAAAAGGAAUUGGUUCUAAAAUGCUCUGCACUUUCCAGUAGCUUCUCCAGGUGAACUCUUAAGCCAAUUUGAGGUGAGAGAACCAUAAACAAGGUCUGGGGUCAUUACUGACCUCGCCCAGCACUGGAACUCUGCAUGUCCCCUCAUUUGUUGGAGACCAGAAUGGGGCGCCAGGUUGUGCCUCUUCAUCCUCCAUUCACACAGCAGAGGCUUGGGGCCUGAGAUCUCACUCCCCAACCCCUCCAAAAAAAAAAACCUACCAAACCAGUCAAAGCUACCAAAUCCAAAGCUGACCUUUAUUGGGGACUCAAUUCUGUUUCCAUGCUCUGACUCCUACCAGUAGUGGCCUCUGCUGCACAGGAACCACCGCUCCAAACUACCCUAUUCAAAAAUCUCUCCACAGAAUGAGCAGAAAAACUCCCCAAAAGUUCAAAGUGCCAUUAAUCAACUUUGUAAAAAUCAAGGUCAUCUGCAGUGAGGGCUCAACCGUGUACUCUAGCUGCUAACUGAAGUAGACAGUAGCCUCCGUCUUAGUGCCAUCGGCCGUGGAGUCAGUCAUGCAGCAUCAAGCAGAUCUCAGCAGAUUAAGAGAAAACAUUCCCGUUGCAUUUUCACAGCUACCAAUGGGGGAGGGGGGGCAUAUACUUAGCCUGCAGGCUGAACUUCAGUCACUACUUUUCUAACCCGGUGUUCUGUGAACAAGCUAAUAUUUGCACAAGGUCACCCUCAGUGCUGCCACUGAGAAGGAGCAGCCCUCAAAGGGAUGCCACAGAGUAGUCCAGCUCCAAGGUUUAGAACUCAUCUAGAAAAAAAAAAAAAAUACUGGAGAAACUCUAGAGGCACCUAGCAUGUGUGUGUGUGUGUGGGGGGGGGUGCAGACUAGGUGCAGACUAGGAGGGCAAGCAAAGGUAGGACACGCUUCUGGACAAAGACAAGCCAGGGAGUGGCAGGAAAAGGCGAACUUAGGGGGCAGGCACGGCCUGGGGUUCUCCUUUCAACUUGACCAGAGAUUAACCUGUCCACAGGACACCUUGGAUUCAGCAAAACCUCCUCCAUUAAAUUCACCUAAAUCAGUAGGUCCCUGAGAAACCUUGCCAGAACUGGGAGACAGAAAGGAGGUUCUUGCUUUAAAGUGGCUUGAAGACAAUCUUGAUGCCAGGCAGCUCUGCAGCACAGCAGUGCCCGGAGUGAGGCCGUUUCACUGGUUUUCCUACCGGUGCCAACAUGCUGGGGAGGUGGGGACGGCGAGGGACGGGGUGAGCUGUAUCUGGACAGAGCUCAGACCCCACAGUGCAUGUCGGCUCUGGCCUCAGAGGCCACCAUUGCAGGGAGACAGGCGACAGGGUGCCCAGCCAUGCCCUCUGUCCUUGGGGACCCAGAGGGAAGCCAUUCAUCCCUUAGGGUGCUGUUAGCAGACGAGCAUUUCCAGUGGGAUCAAGGCAAAGUGGGUCCGCCCAGGGCCAGGGGCAUCUCUCCCCCAGCCAGCGCACACAGCACCGCAUGUGAACCAGGUGGCCACUCUGUAAUAUAAAUGCUCGUUUGGAUCCAAAAGGAAAACCAUUGCAAAUAAAAGAGAGAUGACCAACUGUCAUGUUUGGGGGAGGGGUCAAAGAACAGAAUAAAUAAAACCUUGUUGUAAACAA